AUGCUCCACAUGCUAUUCUUCACCGUUCUUCUUUUCACCUGCGCUCAGAGUCAGCAGAUACUGGUGAAAGAUCCAGAAGAGCAAAUGAAUACUCCUCAAAUCAUACAGUACUGGAAGUACCCCGUGGAAGAGCAUCAGGCGGUCACCAAAGACGGCUAUAUUCUGAAGAUGUACCGUAUUCCCCAUGGGCGCAGUCUCAACGCCGCAAAGCUCCUUUCGACAAAACCCGUCGUGUUCAUACAGCAUGGCCUCCUGAGCAGCUGUGUUGACUGGAUAAGCAAUCUUCCACACGAAUCUGCGCCCUUCAUAUUUGCCGAUGCGGGAUUUGACGUAUGGUUAGGUAAUUUUCGAGGCAACACGUACGGAAAGCAGCACCUCCGUCUGAGUCCAAACAGCCAAGAGUUUUGGCAGUUUUCAUGGGACCAGAUGGCUGAAUAUGAUCUGCCGGCGAUGGUGAAAAUGGCGCUGAACGUCAGCGGUGCAAACCACUUGUACUACAUGGGCCACUCUGAAGGAACGCUGACUAUGUUUGCCAAGCUGAGCACGGACAAAAAAUUCGCGAAGAAGAUUAAACACGUGUUUGCCCUUGGACCAGUCAGCAAACUAGGCCACAUCAAAGGGUUUUUUAGUUACCUUGCGAAACUGACAUCCACCGUACAGCUUAUGACGUCACUGUUUGGCGAAAAGGAGUUCUUACCACAAGACAAGUUUCUGGAACUUAUGGCUGCUUUCUUCUGCCGUCAAUACGUUAUUCAAGACAUGUGCAAAAACAUCUUGUUCAUGAUCGCUGGGCCUGACUCUCGACAGUUAAACGUGACGAGACUACCGGUGUAUCUUUCCCACACGCCUUCCGGAACAUCUACCAGAAACAUGGUUCAUUUCGGACAAAUGAUCAAUAGCGACAAGUUCCAAAAAUACGACUUCGGAUCGGCCUUCCUGAACCUAUAUCAUUACGGAAGGCUUACACCGCCGCUGUAUGACGUAGGGAAGAUCACCGUUCCGGUAUCGUUGUUCUGGUCAGCCGAAGAUUGGCUGGCUGAUCCGCAGGACGUCGCCGAAGGACUGGUUUCGAAACUGAAAACAUUGUUUUCCUCUCAUUUCCUGCAAGGUUUCAAUCAUCUGGAUUACAUGUGGGGCAUAAACGCGACUGAAGCCAUAUACAACGUUAUUAGAGAUGAAAUCUACAACGACAUAGUUUACAGUGCGGACAAAGAUGUUGUCUCCCCCAACUCCUAA